UCAUAUUCUGAUACGAUUACGAUAUACGACUGCGACGGGCGAAAAAGAGAACGAAUUCCAAUAAUUGCAAUUAGCAGAAGACUAUCAAAAUUUAAGAAAUUCAACAUGGAAGUGGAAAGCCCCGAGCACACCCGCGAGUUCGCUGAGGUGGAUAUAAACAAUGGGGACAACGGAGUGGAAUCCUCCGACGAGGAGGAGGAAGUGCCUGCACCCGGUAGCAUAACUUUGGCAGGGAACGACACCGAUCUUUUCGUGUCGGCCAUGAGCCCCAGCAGUAUGGAACAUCCGCUGCAAGAGGUCCUUACCGAUGAUGGGGACUAUUUCAUUAGCAUUGUGGUGUCGGACCCGCAGAAAAUAGGUGAUGGGAUGGGCUCCUAUUUAGCAUACAAGGUGACGACCAAGACAAACAUUCCAAAAUUCAAACGCUCCGAGUUCAGCACCCUUCGGCGCUUUAGCGACUUCUUGGGCAUCCACGACCUUCUGGUGGGAAAGUACAUGCGACAGGGUCGUAUCAUUCCGCCGGCUCCGUCCAAGAACAUCAUCGGCAGCACCAAGGUGAAAAUUAGCCCGCAACAAAGCGAACCGGGCACACCAAUGAACCAGGAGUGGGUCGAAAUAAGGCGAGCGGCUCUGGAAAGGUUUGUUCACCGGACCGCCCAGCAUCCCAUUCUUCGCGUUGAUUUGGACUUUAUGAAUUUCCUGGAGAGCGACCAGGAACUGCCACGCGCCGUCAACACUUCGGCUCUGAGUGGAGCCGGAGUUAUUAGACUAUUCAACAAAGUAGGUGAAACGGUGAACAAGAUUACGUACAAAAUGGACGAGAAUGACCCUUGGUUUGAUGAUAAAAUCACUGAAGUGGAGAGUCUAGACGCCCACUUACAAAAACUGCACAAUGCUAUGAAAUCGCUGGUCACUUCGCGUCGAGAACUGUCGGCACUAACAGGCCUGGUGGCCAAAUCGGCCGCUAUGUUGAGCACAUGCGAGGAGCACACAGGACUUUCGCGGGCUUUAUCUAACCUGGCCGAUGUGGAGGAGAAGAUAGAGCUGUUACGCUCUGAGCAAGGCAACUCUGACUUCUUCAUCCUUGCUGAGUUUAUUAAGGAUUACCUGGGCCUGUUCGGGGCUAUAAAGUGCAUUUUUCACGAGCGCGUAAAGGCUUUUCAAAAUUGGCAGUAUGCACAAAUGCAGUUGUCGAAGCGCCGCGAGAACCGUGGACGGUUUGAGCUCGCCAAUCGGACAGACAAGCUAGACCAAGCCCAGCAAGAAGUCGACGAAUGGCAGGGAAAAGUGCAAAGAUGUCAGCAGCAAUUCGACGAUAUUUCAGCAGAAAUAAAGCGCGAAAUGGAACGUUUUGAGUUGACCAGAGUUAAAGACUUUAAAGCUAAUAUUAUCAAGUACAUAGAAGACCAAAUGGCGCAUCAGCAGCAGAUCGUCAGCUAUUGGGAGGCAUUUGCGCCGUUUGCCCGUGAAAUCGUUUAAAUUAAACUGUAUUACUACAUUCUUCUCUUAAUGCAUUUCCAAAAGUUUUGAAAAUCUAA